AUGGUCUGCCUUGCUCCGAAUGCAAGCGCUCGAACAAUCGAGAAUGUAGACUCAGGUCCCGACGGGCGCUAUAUCUUGCCAGAACCAAAUGAAGCACAGUCGUCCACAAGCCCAAGCACGACUGACGGUGACGGUCUAAGAUCAAAGGCUGACAAUGCCCCAGAGCCCACCAAGAGUGCUCAAGAGGCUGAUGUCCCCAUCAAUCUCGUAAAAUUGGUUGGUGCCGACCAAGAUCAGGACAGUCUUUCCGGAGAUGAAUCCAUUGACAAAGCGGCAAACCGAGGUGAUCAUUCCGACGAUUCUUCUACCCGACCACGCCGCGAGUCCAAGGCCAAUUUUGUCGGAGAAAGCUGGUAUGCUUCGUAUGUACUGAGUGCUUCCGGUACUGGUCAUGCAGAACUCCAUCGUCCGAUAGAACGGCGACAGAAGAAUCUGUCAGAUACCUCUCUUGGUCACGUUCAAGUAGACGGCAGUCUGCUGACAAAGCCUGGAGGCUCACCUCCUGCCGAUUUGCCACCACAACAUCUUAUGGAGCGCUUGCUGGAAGCUUACUUCAAACGAUUUCAUUGCCUAGUUCCAAUUCUUGAACGAGCCGAGUUCUUGACAUCGGUACGCGAUGGCAGUGUCUCAAUAACAUUGCUGCGCAGUGUCCUCUUUGUCGCAACAAUCCACUGCGACCCGGAAGUUUAUCACUUGAUGGGUUACAGCACUCGUGUUGAUGCGGGAGAUGAUCUCUGGACAAAGGCAUGUGCGUCCUUCGAUGCGGACAGAGACUCCGAUCGCACGACGUUGAUUCUGGCAUCCUUUCUAAAUCACUACUUCUUCGGGCGGCCUUCGGAGUAUCGCGAUUCAUUAUGGUGGCUGAGCAACGCAAUUCGCAGUGCGCAAUGCAUGGGGUAUCAUCGAAGCACGGUGAACAGCAAAAUGCUCCCGCGACAUAAGGCUCAGUGGAAACGGGUCUGGUGGUGUUUAUAUAUGCGAGAUCGACAAGUUUGUUGUGCAACAGGCGCUCCAAUGGUCAUCAAUGACCUCGAUUUUGAUGUUGAAGAACCCACCCUGGAGGACUUUUCGGAUGAGACUCCGGAGGUCGCCAAGUAUAUCAUAGCGCAAUCACAGCUGAGCAGGAUAUUUUCGGCCUUGUACUUCAAUCAUUGUUCUCCACGUCGUCUUCCAUUGAGUCAUGAUCCCGUGGUACGCCAGGCAGCACGGCGAGAGAUCCAAUCCACUUUAGAGGACUGUUUCUAUAUCACAACUCUACAACAGAGGCUUCAGAGAUUAUGCCCAAAGCCUUUCACGGACUCGGAAGGGUCCAAGUUCAUCCUAGAAGCUGCGGAUCAAGUAUCGGUACUCGUUGAGGAUUCACUGUUAUAUUACACACCGCAGCAUUUUCCCAUGACAUAUAUAACAGCAAUAUUUACCGCAAUGGUUGCUCACGUUGCUGAAAUUCAAGGGGGCGUAUCGAGCGUCAAUCGCGACGGGCUAUCCCAGAAACUUCGUCCCAACCUAUUAGCUCUCAAGCAAUUUGAGACGACAUACAUCCUUGCUAGAUGGAUCAGAAAUCUGUUCAUGGACAUUAUCAACAAACCCGUUCGGCACGCGCAGGGCCAAACAAAUAUUCAACACGAGAGGACACAGAGCAGUGGCAGCCAUGGCAACAUCGAGCAAGACCCGUCCAUGACGCCUGAAAGUUUUCUCCGAUCUCAUCAUCAAGCGAACUCGACUUCAGAAGCAUCCGCUGCACAGGGCCACCACAGUUACUCGGCAGGUGAAGGCUCUGUGCAGACCCCAGCACCACAUGACGGGACAUAUCUUUACGGAUCGAAUUCCUACGAGCAUUCCGUGUCUCCGCCCGUGAUUAUGGGCAAUUAUGUGCCGAACUUCAUCACCAAUGAAUUCCUGCCGACACAAGGUAAUAGUGAAAUGUCUGGAAUGAACAUGAUUGAUUUUCCUAGUCCCAGCACUCUCGAGUACCAGAGCCUUCAUUUCCUUGCAGACAUCGGCCUCUCUGGGUUCAAUGUUUACCAAUGA